GGACCCGCUGGUCUAAUGUUGGCGUAAGUGUCUUUGUUCCCUUGCCUUUUAUAGCUCAUUUCUUAUUUCAUUUGUUUCUUACUCUUCUUUUUUCCCCUCUCCUUCCUGUAGUCGUAAAAUAUACGGGCGGUGAUGACAUUGUUGCUAUUGUUGUCAGAACAACCAUUCUCAUCAAACUGCAUAUCCUCUCUCUUAUAUAGGUGCUUAGUUGCCCAUGCUUACAUAUAAAAUCGUCUAGUGUGCUAUUAGCUAGGUUUGGCAUCAAUGUGGAGGUCAUAGAUGAGAGGGCCGACCAGACGCAAGCUGGUCGAGCCGACGGCUUGCAACCUAAGACCAUAGAGACUCUGCGUCAACUAAGACUAGCAGAUGGCCUCCUUCAGAGAGGCGCCAAAGUUUUUGAUAUCUGCUUCUGGGAAGCCACAGCUAAUCGCCGUUUAAGGCGUCUCGGCCGUGAGAUUCACUAUCCGGCACUGGUUGUUGAUCUUCUCGAUGAUUACAUCCUCCUUGUUCAUCAGGGGGUCGUCGAGGGGGUCUUCAUAGAAGAUCUUCGGAAGCGGGGUAUCGAAGUGAAGCGAUCCCACCAAUUUCAAACCUUCAAGCAGAAAGAAGAUGAAGUAGGCUUACUAGAAAUUGAGAGCAAGAUCACGACUACGGGCGAAAAGGAGAUGACACUGUCGAAGUAUAUAGUGGGAUGUGACGGCGCGCGGUCCAAGGUGAGAAACUGCAUACCAGACACGUAUUCGGUAGGCAAAUCACAUGAAUCUGUCUGGGCCGUGCUUGACGGAGAGCUCAUCUCCGACUUCCCGGAUCUCUGGUCUAAGACGGUCGUCUACAGCGAGGUGCAUGGAUCCAUACUCAUCGUCCCGCGGGAACGGGGCACAACUCGAUUUUACGUCGAGAUCAAACCGGACACCGAGACUGGCAACCUGCGAGAACUCGGACAAGAGUUCGUCAUGCAACGUGCCAAGCAGAUCUUGGCGCCGUACUCGGUUGAAUGGCGCACUGUGGAAUGGUUCGGUAAUUAUCAGAUUGGACAGCGGAUAGCAAAUAAAUUCACCGAUCCGCAUCUGCAGGCAUUCAUUGCGGGGGAUGCGAGUCAUACGCAUUCUCCCAAGGCCGCUCAGGGCAUGAACACGAGUAUGCACGACAGCUGGAACCUGGCAUGGAAAUUGAACCUCGCAACGAGAGGCUUAGCAAAGCCCGUUCUACUUGAGUCGUAUGAGAUGGAGCGUAGGAAGAUCGCCCACGACCUUAUCAAUUUCGACUACGAGCACGCCAACAAGAUGGCUGGCGGUGACGCCAAAGCUCUAGCGGAGAACUUCCGCACCAACGUACGUUUUAUCUCUGGCGUUGGCGUCGAGUAUGAUCACAACAUACUCAACCACCCAUCCAAACGUAGCGGAGGCGAGCUGAGACCGGGUUGCCUCGUGCCGCCUGCCAAGGUGACCCGUUAUAUCGACGCAAAUCCGAUCGACGUCCAGCUCGAUAUUCCCAUGUUGGGUCAAUUCAGGGUAUACUUUUUCGUGCCGGAUAUUCACAACAGCAUGCCCUUCCUCCAAACGUUCUGUAACGGCUUAACAAGGCAAGACUCUUUGUUUAGGAAACUAAGUCAGGCCGCCGCAGCGAGUUACGUGGAGAAGCCACGUACUCCGACUGCCGAAGACGUUUACAUACGUUCGGAAAGAUAUACGGGCGUCAGCGAGCUCACGACGUUUGCUCUUAUCACAACUAUGGAUAAGGCUAGGGUCGAGAUACAGGAUCUUCCUCCGCUCUUUGCUCGAAGCGCAUGGACGUUCUACUUAGACAAUGUUCCCUACCUAGACACUCGCAGGCAGACAUGCACGAGCAAGUGGGUGGGAACUCUACAGAAAGACGAAGUUGCGAUAGUAAUCUUGCGGCCCGACGGUUACGUGGGAUCGAUCAGUAGGUGGGAUUCUCUGGGUGUAAAUGCUGGUUCGACGGCAGCCGACUGGCUUAAUUCAUAUUACGAUGGGUUCCUCAAAGUACCUGGGGAUAAGUUAAGAUAAUGAAUAGUGAUGACUGUUGGGUGGGAAGCGGCAUAACCUACGUGACGAGGUGUACGGGGUUUCUUUAUCAUAAUUCUGGCGAGUUUGUACAGCAUACUUCAUACUAGGUAGCUCAUCUUUGCGGGGUAUAUGCUCUCAAUUCACCUGUCCAUUUCUUAAAGCCGGCUUUAACCUCG